AUGCAAUUGACAAUCAUUCUCGCAAUACUUGUUGGUUUGGUUUCAACUCAAGUACCAAUUCCAUCACGUCCAGAUGGAUAUGGUGUUGCUUCUUGGGGAACAGUCUUACAAGUUAUUCAAGCCUAUGGAACACGAAUUCAUUUUCGUAUCCAUACAUUUUCACUUCCUUAUCAUACAAAUGCAUUUGUAGCUUCUCAAGGUUUACAUGUUAUUGCUAAUGUAACUAAUCGAAAUUUAGAUGCUAUAUAUUUAUAUACAACAAAAGUAUUUGAAAAUCAAACAAUGUGA